UUUGCCUCAGCCCCCUGUGACCUCUGUUGGCUGGAGGGAAAGACAGCAUGCUGACCGGGUGCCUUCUCCGUGUGGUGGUAAUGGGGGCUCUGCUGGCUACGGGGGCCACAGAAGGAUUCAGAGACCAGAACUGGCCCGGUGGCUCGAGGCAGCUCAGAACCAAUUCCUGGAACAGGCAUCUAUAUCCAGAGUGGACCGAAGCCCAGGCAUCUGACUGCUGGAGAGGUGGCCAGGUGGCCCUGAAGGUCAGUAAUGAUGGGCCCACUCUGCUCGGUGCAAAUGCUUCCUUCUCCAUUACCCUGCGCUUCCCGGGAAGCCAAAAGGUGCUGCAGGAUGGGCAGGUCGUCUGGGCUCACAAUGCCACCUUCAAUGGGAGCCAGGUGCGGGAAGGACAGCCAGUGUAUCCCCAGGACCCGGAAGACGCCUGCACCUUUCCUGAUGGUGGACCCUGCCCACCUGACACACAGUCUCAGAGGAGAAGCUUUGUUUAUGUCUGGAAGACCUGGGGCCAAUACUGGCAAGUUCUGGGGGGCCCCGUGUCUGGGCUAAGCAUUGGCACCAGCCGGGCAGUGCUGGGUGCACAUACCAUGGAAGUGACCGUCUACCACCGCCGUGGGCCCAGGAGCUACGUGCCUCUCGCCUACUCCCGUUCAUCCUUUACCAUCACUGAUCAGGUGCCUUUCUCCGUGAGCGUGUCCCAGCUGCCGGCCUUGGAUGGAGGGAACAAGCAGUUCCUGAGGAAUCAGCCUCUGACCUUUGCCCUCCAGCUCCACGACCCCAGUGGCUAUUUGACAGGGGCUGACCUCUCUUACACCUGGGAUUUUGGAGACAAUAGUGGGACCCUGAUCUCCCGGACUCUUGUAGUUACCCAUACAUACCUGGAAGCUGGCCUGGUCACUGUCCAGGUGGUACUGCAGGCUGCCAUUCCUCUUACCUCCUGUGGUUCCUCCCCGGUCCCGGGCACCACAGAUGGGUACAUGCCAACUACAGAGGUGCCUGACACCACAGCUGAGCAAGAACCCACUACACCUGGCCAGGUGCCAACUGCAGAGGUGCCUGGCACCACAGCUGAACAAGAACCCACUACACCUGGCCAGGUGCCAACUGCAGAGCCCUCUGGAGUCACAACUGUGCAACCGCCAACCACUGAGGUCACUGGCACUACACCUGGGCAAAUGCCAACCUCAGGGGUCACAGCUACCACACCUGCAGAGGUCACAGGUACCACACCUGCAGAAGUGAUGACUACUGCAGGACCCUCUGAAACCACAGCGGCAGAGGUAACGACUACAGAGUUGGUGGAGCCUGAGACUCCAGAUGCCAGUCCAUUUAUGCCUUCAGAGGACAUUAUAGGCUCCCUAAGCCCCCAGCCAGAAGGUACAGCCGCCUUAAUCCUAGUGAAGCGACAAGCCCCGCUGGAUUGUGUUCUCUAUCGAUACGGCUCCUUUGCUCUCACCCUGGACAUUGUCCAGGCUAUUGAGCGUGCAGAGAUCCUGCAGGCCGUGCCGUCCAGUGAGGGGGACACGUUUGAGCUGACUGUGUCCUGCCAAGGCGGGCUGCCCAAGGAAGCCUGUAUGGACAUCUCAUCACCGGGAUGCCAGCCCCCUGCCCAGAGGCUGUGUCAGCCUGUGCCACCCAGCCCAGUCUGCCAGCUGGUUCUACACCCGGCACUGAAGGGCGGCUCAGGAACCUACUGCCUUAAUGUGUCUUUGGCUGAUGCCAACAGCCUAGCCAUGGUCAGCACCCAGCUUGUCAUGCCUGGUCAAGGAGCAGGCCUUGGGCAGGCUCCCCUGUUUGUGGGCGUCUUGCUGGUGUUGAUGGCUGUGGUGCUUGCAUCUCUGAUCUACAGGCGAAGACUUAGGAACCAGGGCUCAGUUCUCCCUCUGCUGCCUCAGCUGCCACAUGGCGCCAUCCAUAGGCUGCGCCUGCCCCGGGUCCUCCGCUCUUGCCCCGUUGGCGAGAGCAGCCCCCUUCUCAGUGGGCAGCAGGUCUGAGCACUCUCUUGUGAUGCCAGGACUGGCCUGGCAUUGGCAGCAACUCCUGUCUUCUUCCAGUCUCCCCUCGGACACUGUUACCUGAAUUAAAUACUCAGAAUGAA